AUUUCGUCACUACUUAUGUACGCAACGGCGAUAAGUGGUAGCCGCGUGGUGACCACGCUGCACUCAGGACACUCACUGAUUGUCGCCCCACAACGACGCACGUGUCCAACUCUCUAUUUGGACUUCAUCUCGGCUUAAAAUAGUGUAACAAUGGUGCUCAGCGGUAUAGUGCGAGUGGCGGCGAGGAUGAGCAGGAGUAGCCUGAGAACACAGUGCUGCCGCCAAGCGGCGAUGUACAGCACGGCCGCAGACAGUAAAGCACGAUACUUCACGAAGAAACACGAGUGGGUGUCAGUGAGUGAAAACAUUGGUACAGUCGGCAUAUCAAGCUAUGCACAAGAUGCAUUAGGCGAAGUGGUGUAUGCCCAGUUACCAGACGUGGGCAGGGAGAUAACGGCAGGAGAGGAGACCGGCGCGUUAGAGAGUGUGAAGGCAGCCAGCGAAAUAUACUCACCGGUUUCAGGAACGGUAGUGGAAAAAAAUGAUUCAGUCGAAUCGACACCGGCACUAAUUAACAAAUCAUGUUAUGAGGAGGGCUGGCUGUUCCGCGUCAAAUUAUCAAAACCUGAAGAAUUGAAACUGUUAAUGGAUAAGGCAGCCUACGACAAAUACUUGGAAGAAUCACAUUGAAAGCUGGAGACACCAUCCAUGCCAUAACACAAAUCAAUACUCAAUUUGUUUCAAAUAAACUAACCUCUUACUUAUAAAAAUAUUAAUCGAUCAGUGAAUAACGAUUAUUUUUACAAUUAAUUAUAAAUAAAUACAUAAUAAUAUGAAACUGAAUGUAAUGUAGCAUUUACAAGUAAGAGGAAUAAAGUAUAACAUUCACAGUGACAGUCCAAACCAAUUGGUAGUUCCCGACCUCAAUUCUGACAGUAUGCAUGUAGCGCUAAGUUCAAGUGUCUUGUGUCCAUUGUCGAGUAAACAGAAUAUAAUUUAAAAUUAUAAAUUUUACAUUUGUCUAUGUUAUUUAGUGUUUGGUUACUUUGAAUAUUUUGUAUAGUGCAAUAAUAAUUAACUAGACAAUGGAGCAAGGACUCUUUUCUAGAAUAAUAUUCUUUCGAAUUAAUUUAUACUUAAUUGCCCUCGACGCGGGCUUAUAAAUAGACAAGAUUUUAUUUUUAUAAUUUAAAACAUAUUUUACAUACGAAUCAUGUUUUAAAUACUAUUAUUAUAAGAUUUAAUAUGUUUGAAAAAAAAAAAACAGCAAUGUAAAAUUAAAUACUGUAAAUACGAA